AUUGUCAAUCUCUUCCGGGUUCACGUUGACUCGCAGAGGUUGGAAAUGAAUCUAUGAAGUCAAAUAUUUUGUUCAUAGCUGUGUUACCUCGUUUUAGGAAGUAAUUGCAGGAGUGUUUUUGCGUUUAGACGCGUUGUUGAAGGUUGUUUUGGUGAAGCUGCUGUUAGCUCAACAUGUCUGCAGAGGAAGCGGAUAAAACAACCACCACGGAUGCCAGCGCUGGAGAUGAGGAGGAGGAAUGGCUGUACGGAGAUGAAUCUGAGAGCAAAGACGAGGACGAGGAAGCCAAACUGAAUGCUGCUGUCAGUGCACCUGCUGAAACUCCUACAGAUGAUGCCGUUGAACAUGCUACAGGGAAUGGCGUUGCUUCUGAGACUCCAGGUGAAGCUGCGGGUGAAGAUGAGGACAGUGACAGCGAUAGUGAUGAUGACGACGAUGAUGUUCGUGUCACCAUUGGAGACAUUAAAACAGGAGCGCCACAAUACACACCUUAUGGAGCUCCACCUGUCAACCUCAAUAUAAAGUCAACAGGCUCCAGACCUUAUGGACAAGUCACCACAAAGCUGAAAGGAGUCGAUUUGGAUGCUCCUGGAAACAUCAAUGGGGUUCCAGUCCUGGAGGUGGAUGUGGAGUCCUUUGAAGAGAAACCCUGGCGGAAGCCUGGAGCGGAUCUGUCAGAUUACUUUAACUAUGGCUUCAAUGAAGAUACAUGGAAAGCUUACUGUGAGAAACAGAAGAGGCUACGCAUGGGUCUGGAGGUCUCUACAGUCGGUUCAGUGACAAGCAAGAUCACUGUUCAGCAAGGCAGGACAGGCAAUGAGAAAGACCUGUCUAGUUUGCCAAUUCACACGUCCAAGCCAGACUUUACAUCUCCAGUCAGCCUGUAUAAAUCUGCGGGCAACCAGGUCCCCAGGAUCUCCCCCACUCAGUGGACUGGCCCGCCUGUUCAGGACAUGUCCUAUUAUACGAAGACGAGCGGAACCAUUGAUGUGAUUGGUGGACAGACAGCCACCAUCAGCAGGGUGGAAGGACGACGUAGACACAACCUAGAUGGCAACAAUAUCCAGGUGAUCUCUGAACACUCCACAUCAGAGGCUGAGCCAACUCCAGCGAAAAUACCCGCCUUCUUCCCCCCUGGACCACUUCCUCCAAACAUACCUCCACCCCCUUUCCUCCCUCCUCCACCCAACGUCAGCUCCGCCCCUCCGCUCAUCCCGCCACCCAGAUUGCCCAUCACCGUCCCUCCUCCUGGUUUUCCUCCCCCACCCAGUGGACCCCCUCCCUCCAUCAUCCCCACUAUGGACAGUGGCCAUCCUGGAGGUUACGAUGGACGUUCUGUCCCUCCCUACCCAUUCCCUCAAGGUGCAUACCCUCCACCAAUGGCUGGAGGUGUGCCGCCUCCCUGGCCUCCCAUGAUGGACAACUCUAAACCCUGGGAGUACUAUCCUCGUCGAGAUGAUAAGAGAGACAAAGAUAGAGAGAGACCCAGAGAGAGGACACAUGAGCGGGAAAGGGAGAGGGAGCACAGCCCUUCAGGAAUGAGCUACACCAGCGAUGAGGAGCGAUACCGUUACCGUGAGUACCAGGAGCGUGGUUACGUAGAACGCCAUCGAGACAGGUCAAGCCGAGAGAAGGAGGAGAGACACAGGGAGAGACGCCACCGAGAGAAAGAAGAGGGUCGUCACAAAUCCUCACGCAGCAGCAGCAGUAGGAGGAGACAUGACAGUGAGGAGGGCGACAGCCACCGGAGGCACAAACACAAGAAGAGCAAGAGGAGUAAGGAGGGCAAGGAGGCCAGCGAGGAGAUCAGUGCAGACCAAGAGAACCAGGAGGCCAUGGAGUGAUCACCAGCCCCCAGAAUCCCCUCUGUCUUACCAUAUGUGUCCUCCUCUCCUUCUGUGUAUCUGACCGAAGAGAAACAUCAUAAACCAGUCAGCAAAAUCAGGAAUUAAGAAAGUGUUCUCCUAUUGUGUCCCUUCACUCUUCAUCAGUCUCUGUUCGCCUCCAUCUUGCCGUCAUCCGUCUUCACCAUUUCAGAAGAAGAGAAUGGAUGAACCAGUGGAAGAGGAGGCGUUAAAGCAGGAAUGGUCAUUUGUCAUCCAUCCUUCCAUCACUGGCCGACGUCAGCCAGCGCAUAAAUAUGUCUUCGACCCCCCACCCCCCCAUCCUUGAGCAUUGUUUUAAUAAUCAGAUCAUGCUCAGAAAUUUGCCUCCUUUUCCACUGGAUAAUUAGAAUAAUGCUCUAUUUCUAUUAUUCCUUUGUUUGUUCUUUCGUUCUGUAAAAGUGCAUCUCUAGAAUGCUGCCAGUUUGUUAAAUUCCAUUAAAAACCCUUUUGAUAAGA